CAAACAGAGGACCGUGCCCACCCCAAAACAAUUCGAAACCUCGCUUCCGCCGCCGAGCCGAGUCCCCCCCUCCCACCGAUUUCAAAAAUCGAAACUUUUCCACGCGCAGCAGCGAGGCGGCAGGCAGUGGUCCCUUUCAGCCAGCUCUCCCUCCCAUCCCCUCCGAAGCGGCCGAGAUCUCGUCUCGUCUACCCGCGGCGAUGCCACCGGCGGAGGGCGCGGCGGCGGGGCUGGGGGUCUCGGAGUUCGCGCUGCCGGACGGCGUGCUGGCGGUGCUGCCGCGGGACCCCUACGAGCAGCUGGAUCUGGCGCGCCGCAUCACCGCGCUGGCCGUCGCCGGCCGGGUCACCGGGCUCGAGCGCGAGGCGGCGCGGCUCAGGGAGGGCGCCGCCGAGCGGGACCGGGAGAACGCCGAGCUGCGGGACCGCGUCGCGCUGCUCGACCGCGCGCUCCAGGAGACCAACGCCAGGCUCCGCGCCGCGCUCGAGGACAAUAUUCAGCUGAGCAAGGAGCGGGACUCGCUCGCGCAGACCUCCAAGAAGCAGGCGCGCGACCUGCACAAGCUGGAGUCGUUCAAGAGGCAUCUGAUGCAGUCACUCCGCGAUGAUAGUACAUCGCCCCAAGAAACUGUUGACAUUACAACAUGUGAUCAGUCAGUAUCAUCUAAAACAUCGUCCUGUGGAGAUGGAUCUAUCAGCCACACUGCAGCAAAUUUGUUGAAUGGGUCUGGGGAUCUUGGAAGCACAACAAGAGAAGCGGCAAGGACUCCAGUCCAAAAGUAUGCCCUCUCCCCACACAUCAACCAACGCCUUACGCCAGAAGCCACACCAAAUAUAAUGUCCACCUCUGCUUCUCCAAGAGGAAUGUCCACCACCGCAACACCAAAGUUGGUAUCUGGAGCUACCUCGCCUUCAAGAACUCGAAUCGAAGGACACAUGUCAAUGACACCAUGGUAUUCAAGCAAGCAGUCGUCUGCAGCUAACUCACCUCCAAGGGGACGUCCCAACCCAGGUCGCACUCCUCGUAUUGAUGGAAAAGAAUUUUUCCGUCAGGCCAGGAGCCGUCUAUCAUACGAACAGUUUGGAGCGUUUUUAGCGAACAUCAAGGAGCUGAAUGCUCAUAAGCAGUCACGAGAGGAAACCCUCAAGAAGGCUGAAGAAAUAUUUGGUCCAGACAGCAAAGACCUAUACCUCUCUUUCCAAGGCUUACUAAACCGCAGCUUGCCGUAGGGCGUAGGACUCACGAAGUGCUCCGGUUCUGACCGUAGGAAGAUACCGCGCCGGAUAACUUAUGUCGCCUAGAGUGGUAUGCAAUGCUCAAUUGCAAUUUUGGACCAUUAGAUCAUGAAAUGGUUGGAUCUGCCUGAACUAAAGCGGUUUACAAGUUGUAAUCUGGUAAAAAUUUGGUUCUCAGCUUUGUUUCUUCAGAUCGUUCGUUCUCGGGAGCCAGCAUUGUAGCAAAAAACAACUCGAAGCUGUUUCAUGCCUUCUGAUAACUUGAGCUGCAUGCAAUAUAUGGUUAUCUGAUAUCUA